UUUCCGUCAAUCCGGUAGCUUCGCGCCUGCUCACGAACUUGCCUGCCUGGCAGGCGCACCCAGCCCCUCCUUCCAUUCCGUCUUCCGCCUCCGCAGCCUCUGCCAGCCGGCACUGCGCAUGCUUUCUGACGCCCACUUUGGUCCAGCGUGGGAGGAGGGGAUGGAAAUGAGGUUGGGCCGAGCAGCUCGCGCGCGCUCCCUUCCCUGCCCUCCCCCGACGCCUGACGCGCGCCGGGCGGUGCAGCUUCGCUGGUCCGAGGGCAGUGCAGCAGCAGCGGCAGCGGCUGCGGCCGUGGCCGCGGCGGGAGGAGCCCGAAGCCCCGCCCCCGGGGAGGGGCCGUCCUGCAGGUCCCCCCUCUAUCCUCCACGGCCCCAUCCAAGCCAGGGAUGAAAUUUAACGGCAAGAAGGACGCAGUUGACGCGGCGUCAAUGAACUAAGUCAAAAGCCGGGCCCUCCAACCCUAUGCCCAUCAGGCUGGUAAUCACCGCCGUCACCCCCCACCCCGCGCCCUGCCCCUAGGUUCCUGUGCCAGCAAGAUGCUGGAGCGAGGCGCGGAGUCCGCGGCCGGGGCCACCGAUCCUAGUCCCACUGGCAAGGAACCGGUAACCAAAGGUGAGAGUGGCCCCGCCUAUGAGUAGGGAGCAUUCUCCAGGAAUAGGGGCCAAGAUAAUCACAUUCUGGGGGAAUCUCAGGGUGAAAGUUUGAGGGCCCCAGGGUGAUGACUAUCUGGGAUCCCCAAAAAUGGCCACGUUCUGGGAAAUCCUCCCAUUUGGCUCAGAGAGAGCCUCAGUAACCAUUUGCUAGGGCUCAGGAAAUUACAGAAGGGACGGGGCAGGGAUGACAUGCGGGAUGUCAGGGUGAUCACUGGGAAGACACUAGAAACGGAUAUGUUGGUAGCUUUGAGGAAGCCUUAGGAGCUUUGGGAUCCAGGAAAGUAACCCUUUGGAGUCCCUCAGAAUGACGCCUGGGGGGAGGGGGAGCAGAAACAUGCAAUUUGGGGAGUCUCAAUAUGAUACUUGAGGUGCCCAGGUACACUUGGAGGAGCCCCUCGAAUAUCAAAGUUGUGGCGGAGUCUGGCCUAGGCCCAGGGCGUUGGCUGCUUCCUGGAGCCCACCAGCCCUCCUGUCCCCCAGCUCCCCACCAGGGCCCACUGCAGAAGCCCAGCCAGUCAGCUCCAGGGCCCACCGCGUCCGCGAGCGCGCCUCCCAGGCCUCGCCGGCGGCCCCCGCCCCAGCGCCCGCACCGCUGUCCCGACUGUGACAAGGCCUUCUCGUACCCAUCCAAGCUGGCCACGCACCGCUUAGCACACGGCGGCGCCCGACCCCACCCAUGCCCAGACUGCCCCAAGGCCUUCUCCUACCCCUCCAAGCUGGCAGCCCACCGCCUCACGCACAGCGGCGCCCGCCCGCACCCGUGCCCACACUGCCCGAAGGCCUUUGGCCACCGCUCCAAGCUGGCGGCUCACCUCUGGACCCACGCACCCACCCGCCCCUACCCGUGCCCCGACUGCCCCAAGUCCUUCUGCUACCCUUCCAAGCUGGCGGCCCACCGCCACACGCACCACGCCACCGAUGCCCGCCCCUAUCCUUGCCCGCAUUGCCCCAAGGCUUUCUCAUUUCCCUCCAAGCUGGCUGCCCAUCGCCUAUGUCACGACCCCCCAACCGCACCCGGCAGCCAGGCGACGGCCCGGCAUCGAUGCUCCAGCUGCGGCCAGGCCUUUGGCCAGAGACGCUUACUGCUCCUUCAUCAACGCAGCCACCACCAGGUGGAGCACAAAGGGGAGAGAGACUGAGCCCUCCCUUGGCUCACUGUCCCCCUCUGCCGCCAGCCCUCGCCAGUAAGAGGUGGGAUUUCUAAAACCGACCGUAUGAGCUCCCUCUUCCAGAUAGCUGGCAGAAGGCAAGGCAAGGGAUUGGCCAUUUAUACUGGGCUCGAACUCAGAAGCCCGAGGAACUCUUUGCUCCCCUGCUUUGGGGAGAUCUCAAACCAUGGACGUGGAGCUGUGCUUUGACAGCCCUGGCUCUGCUUCUCCCCACACACUUACAUGGCAAAGGUAAAAAGUCUGCUACUAUCGUGGGUUGAUGAGGAUUGUGGGCAAACAGGCUCUCUUGUUGUUAAAAGUUUAAAUUGUUGUCUCCACUUUGGCCAUAUGACUGUAUCUAAGAAACUGAAAAUACAUGCUUGUCUCAACUCUUC